AUGGCGGCGGGGGCUGAGGGCCCUGGACACCACCGGCUGGGGAACCCGGCUCCACCCUCACCCUGUCACCCCGGCUCCCAACCCUUGGUCACCUCGGCUCCACCCCUCACCCUGUCACCUCGGCUCCCGACCCCUGUCACCUCGGCUCCACCCUCACCCUGUCACCUCGGCUCCCAACCGUUGUCACCUCGGCUCCCGACCCCUCUCACCUCGGCUUCCGACCCCCUGUCACCUCGGCUCCAUCCUCACCCUGUCACCUCAGCUCCACCCUCACCCUGCUACCUCGGCUCCACCCUCACCCUGCUAUCUCGGCUCCCGACCCUCUCACCUCGGCUCCACCCUCAUCCCCUGUCACCUCGGUUCCCGACCGUUGUCACCGGCCUCCCCGCCGCCUCUCCCUGUCCCUCAUAG